UGUCUAUCCUGAUCCAGAGAUUGCUUGCAUGUGUUCCUGCUGUUUCGGCAGAUGUCCGAAACAAGAGGCUCCCGGCCCGCCCGCUGCCCGAAUGCCAAAGGCUGCAAGGUGAUGGAAGCCAUCGACAGCGAGAUCGGCUGAUGGCUGGAGCACAAAGAUGCUCUAGAUUUCAGGUGCUCUUGUGUUUGCUGAUCACGCUUGCCAUCGUUCCACUUGGAAUUUUCUGGUCCAUGACCAGAACCGGCAUGGCGAAACUGACUCGCAUAGCGGACACCGACGCAGGGGCUAGCAGUGUGGCUGAUGCGGACUGGACACUGAACCCGACACAUUUCUCUCAGUCGGACCGGCCAUUUUUCUUAUUAUGGAGCCACGAUUUUGACCUUCGAGAUGACACGAAUUUUAUUUUGGACUUUGCUGCAGGGUUGACGUUGCUGGAUCACCGGGUGGUGUUGGAAAGCCCCGUGGAUGGAGAAGCAUUGAAGAAUUUGGAUCCAAAACACGACUUUGGUGCAAGGGUCAAUCAUCGUCUGAAGAAGAUCCUAACAGGCCAGAAGAGCAACUUGUGGGAUGUGAUGCUUGAUGCCGAGCUUCCUCAUUGUAUCAUUUUCUUCUCCAGUGCAUGGAUCCCAUUCUUCCUUCAGCUUUCACAAGAGCAUCCAGGUGUUCAAUUGGUGUGGUACUUCUACCGUCCACACAUGUGCGGCCUCACUUCUCAGACUCAAACGGAGAGGAGUCAGAUAGGAGAAGGUAUGGCCAAGGCUGAUUGGGUGGUGUUUUUGAAUCAGGAGGAUCAAUUAGAUUGGUCACAUGAUAAGCUUGGUAACUACCGAGUCUUUCACCCAUUCAUGCCAACAACGCUUGAACCGGCAGAUGUGAGAGAUGUGAGGCGAAAUGAACUCAGGCAAGAGCAGGGUUUGAAGCCCGAGGUGUUCUUGAUAAGCAUUGCUUUAGACUGUCCAAUUCCAGAGGAGGAAGUGGAUGUGUUUUCCACUGGCAUCAGCAAGAUGUUGACUGAGAAGUUUGGAUCUUCGUGGUUUGUGAUGGUCUUUGGGGAAGGAAAGGCUGAAAAGGCCAACUUUCUUUCAAAGGAUCCAAGGGAAGUUGUGAAGUACUUGGCUGCAGUGGACCUUCACAUCAGCCUGACACGGUCGGCUUUGGCACUUGACUCGCUGUACGCCCGAGCCUUGGGUGUCUCCGUCCUCAUGCGUGACACGUGGGACACAUCCGAAGCUGGGGAGCCGCGCACAGUCCGCUUGCCGCGCACAGUGACGCAAGAAACGCUGGAGAAGAGCUUGGCAGAGAUCCUCAACUUGACUGAUCGUGAGCUGAACUCCGUUCGAACCCAAGAUCGCUUGGCCGUGCAAACGCGGUCCGGCGAGACCGCGGCGGUACGUGUGGCACUCAUGUCGAGGAUGUUGCUGGAGUCCCGCGAGCCGGUCGAGAGGGGGUUAAGGAUUGGCAUCUACAUCCAGCUAUCAAAUCUGGGACUUUGGAAGCGGCUAAAGGCGUGUGUUCUAACCAUUUUGGAGGCGACGAUGGACGAGAACGCUCCCAACAGUACACGAAAGAGCACGGUGGAUGUGAUUCUUACAGUGACUGAAGAGCAUAAAUUCCUGCGGUUCUUUCUGCCAGCCUUGAGGCAGGCAGCACCACCGUCGUCAAGCUUGCGGCUCACGGCUUUGUCCUUUGCUGAAGCGCGUAGCGCUGACAAUGGCCUUUUUCUUCAGCAACUGCUGCUUGCACGAGACUUGCAAGUCGAUCACGAUCUAAUUUUGAAGCUGCACAGCAAAGAGGAGCCACGCCUCAGGGAGAUGAUCUUGGGCGAUCUUUGCGGAAGUGUUGAAGGUGUCCGUGCGGCCCUUGAGCAGUUCCAGAAAGACCAGAGACUUGGUAUGAUCGGUCCAACCAGCUUAACCUGGACCAAAGAGGGGUCAACAAAGCAUGUAGCAUUCAAUCUCGCCACAUCUGGCUUUGGCAAGACUGUGGUGAAGCGGUUCCAAAAUGCUUGGUCCCUGCUGAGCCCUCGAAAGCUUCCCCAUUCAAAAAAGUGGACGAUAGUUGCUGGAUCUAUGUACUGGGUGAGGGCGGGCCUUCUGCUAUGGAACAACAAUUUGCCCUCAAGUCGUAUUCCCAAAUUCUUGGACGCCUGCCCUGAACCAGCAUGCUCAGCCGGACUUGAACGACUCUUCCCCACCUUCAUCGCCGACACGAAGCACCGGGUUGUUGCUUUGAGCACUACGUGAUUCCACUGAGUUGGGCCACGGACCUCCUCGGAAGCCCGCGGCGCUACCGACCUGAUUCGACCGGUCGGUCCGUUUUGGACCCGGCAUCCAAAAAUGCCAAAUGUGAUGUGCGAAAGCUCCUGAAAGCUCCCGAAAGCCCUGAAUGGACCAGAAAACGUAGGCCGAACCAUACUGGUGCAAACCACUCUAGCGCUCAAGG